AUGGAACCAUUUCAGCAUGUUAGACACAUUCAAAGAUUUAGAAGGAGAUUGGGCAUGAGGUAUGCACAUCAUAACUGCAAUGGUAAAAUUUGGUUCUUUAUAAAUGAUAAUAUAGAUGUAGAGGUGAUUCAGGAUACAGAUCAACAGAUUACAGUUAAGAUAAAUUUUCAGGAGGAUAGUAAGAUUCUUUUGACUACUAUGAUUUAUGCAAAGUGUGAAGCAUUGGAAAGAAUUUGUAUUUGGGAUAACUUGUAUAACCUGGCUGAUCAAAUGGAAGUGCCCUGGCUUGUGCGAGGGGAUAUCAAUGUCAUUAUUCAUGAAGAUGAAAAAAUAGGGGGUCUGCCAGUUUAUCCAGACGAGUAUGAAGAUUUUGCAUACUAUGUGAAUUCAAGUGAACUAUUUGAAGUUUCUUUUAAAGGGAGCUUAUUCACAUGGUGGAAUGGUAGAGCUGGUAGGGAUUGUAUUUUUAAAAGGUUGGACAGAAUGCUCACUAAUUCAAAACUACAGGAUUGGUUUGGUUACAUGGAAGUUGAACUUUUAUCUAGAACUGAAUGGAGUAAAGCUACUUUUAGGGAUAUCUUCAAGGAACUGGUAGUAAGGGAAGAUAUUGUGAGAGUUAAAGAACAGCUUGUUGAAGAUGAUCCUUCUCCCGCAAACAGGAUGGGGGAUAGGAAUACAAGGUUUUUCCACAAUAUGGUAAAUGGUAGGAGGAAGAGAUUAUUUUCCAUUGCUUCAACAUGUUCCAAAUAUGGUUACUCAGGAGAAAAGCAGAUACUUACCACCAUGCCAACUCUAGAAGAUGUUAAGAAUGUAGUUUUUGAUCUAUCAGGAGAUAGCUCAGGUGGUCCAGAUGGCAUGAUAGAAGCAUUUUAUCAAGUAUUCUUAGAGAUUAUGGGGGUUGAUGUGUAUAAUGUAGUGAAAGUCUUCUUUGAAGGACAGACUUUGCCAAAGUCCAUAACUCAUACAAAUCUGGUUCUGAUCCCAAAGAAGAAUAAUGUUGAGACCUUUGCAGAUAUGAAGGCCAUAAGUCUCAGUAAUUUUAUUAACAAAUCUGGUUUUGUAAAGGGAAGAUGUAUCAUUGAGAAUGUACUGUUAACUCAGGAGGUGGUAUCAGAUAUAAGACUUAGGGGAAAACCAGCUAAUGUGGCUUCUGGAUUUUUCCACUCAACAACAGGUGUUAAGCAAGGAGAUCCACUCUCUUCUGCUUUGUUUAUUUUGUCUGCAGAAGUGUUGUCUAGAGCAUUGGACUCUUUAUUUGAGGACAAUGGCUUUAGAAGCUAUGGAAUGCCUAAAUGGAGUGCUAAUUUGAAUCAUUUUGCUUAUGAAGAUGAUACUAUUAUAUUCUCAUCUGCAGAUGAUACUUCAUUACAGGUGAUCAUGGGAAUAUUACAGGAGUAUGAGCAGAUGUCAGGGCAGCUUAUCAACAAAGGAAAAAGUUCCUUCUACAUGCAUAAUAAAGUUGCAAAUGUGAUGGUGCAGCAGGUGGAGGCUAUUACUGGUUUUAUUAGGGGAUAUUUCCCUUUCACAUACUUAGGUUGCCCAAUCACACAUGCAAUAAAGAGAAAGGCUGAUUAUAGUGACUUGAUGAAAAAAGUGAAGGACAAACUCGCAGCUUGGAAAGGAAGACUUUUAUCGUUUGGAGGAAAAGUUGUUUUGAUCAACAGUGUUUUACUGAGUAUGCCAAUUCACACAAAACUUGGAGCUUUAUACUACUUAGUUCCUGAUGAUUUUGUUGUGGAUGAAAUAGUACAAGAUGUGAAGGAAUUGAGAAAUCCGGAUGGGUGGAACAUGAGUAAACUACAACAGUUUUUUCCUACUGAUAUUAUUGAUCAUAUACUUGAAGAAUUAGACUUUCAUGAAUCUAUAGAAGAAUGGGACAAACCAAGGUGGAUGAUGACAUCAUCUGGUAAAUUUACAGUUGGAAGUGCAUGGGAGGGGGCUCUUAAGAAGGAAACUUGGGAAGUCUUGAGAUAUGUUAAAGUUAUUGUAGGAAUCACAACAACUUUGCUUCAGGUGAAACAAGUGAUACAGAGCCAUACCAGUGAUCACAAUGUGGAAAAUAUGGAAGUGGAGAAACACUGUGGUGCAUAG